AUAUUUUUACUGAUGAAUGGUACUUUCAUAAAAACCGUCACAGACAUAGAUGGACACACAAUCAAUGUUAAAGAACUUUCAAGGCGUUAUGUAUUAAUUCUGAUAACACUUAAGUCCACUUCUUGCCCCGUUUGUCCACAACUUCUGUUGUUAUUAAACCUACAUGGUUUACAAGAUAAUCCACCAGCAGAAUAUCGAGAUCCAUUUGAUUAUUCGAUAACGUGCGUUCCCCCAGAAGAAAUUCUAAUCAAUCGUCUUCUUCUUAAAACAGAUGCUUAUUUCAUUAUUUUAUGUCCCGGACCGGUGGAAGAUGCGCGACGUAUAAGGGAAACUUGCAAUUUUCCUUAUCCAUUUAUAGUGGAUGAAGAUUUGUCUCUUGCUGAAUCGAUUCGUCUUAGAUUGUCGUAUGAUGAAAUGUUGCCAUAUAUUGGACAUAUCUAUUCUUCGGAUAUUUCUGUUCGUACUGUAUGUGCAGGACGAUUUCCUUCAAACUAUGGUCAUGAUCGUUUACUGGCAUAUUUACGCGACUAUCGCGUUGUAACUGAAGAGAAUGCUACUAAAUUCAGUAAUGAAGCUAUGGAGUUGAUUACAUGUUUGAAAAAAUCGGAAUUAUUAGAUGAUAACGAACCAAAUGAAUACUAUCAAUACGAACCACAGUUAGAAACGGAACAUAAAGUUGUUUUACAAAAGCAACUUUUACCUGUAGAGCUACUCUCUCAGAUUUUUGAAUACAUUGAAACAUGGAAUAUUGUAAAAAUUAUUAUGACUACAUGUCGACAGUGGAGAUCUAUUGGAUUUGAGGUGAUCGUGACGAGGAUGAAACAACAAGCUAAAAGCAUCACAGAUUCUGUUGUAAUUUAUUCUAGAUCAACUUCAAAUAAUUUGACUAAAUUGG